UACAUCCUCUCGUGGACCGGCAGAAUUCCUAGCUCAACAUCGAGCUUUGAGCGGAAACAGGUCAGGCUGGGAGACUUCCUCGUCGUCAGUUCGGAAGCGCAAUUUGACGGGUUUGAAACCCGGCCCAUCCAACUUCCACACUUACAGCAUAGCAUGGCGAGAUCCGUUUCCUCACGCCCCUUGUUCUUGGUAAAUAGGUAUUGACGGCAGACACGGGAGGCAGCGUGUCUUGGCGGGGUGGCUGUUGGCUUGCAGAUUCCUGCCCUGAUUGGGCGCUCGGAGAUGCAUGGCGUCGUGGAGCCCCAUGUGCGGCUGGAAAGAGACUGCACCAUCCCCCAGCCUGGGCUUCGGGCCCUUAAGCACGCCAUGCCCAGAAGGAAAACCUGCCUGCUCCUCCAGUUGCCCUUGCUCUGCAACAGUGUCAGUCGCCAAUUGCGCCCUCGUUGUGGGGGUGACAAGCAAGGACAACGACCCAACAUCUGAUCCGGCCAUCGACGUGCCGCCCAACAAGGAUGAAGUGCGUAUCAAUGGCGGCGUUCUGGGCGGGUGUCGCCCUGCCCGCCGCUGCCAUGCGUGCCGAGGGCGCUCAAGCCGCGUUGCUGGAGGCGGGGAACAUGAACCUGUUCCAGGCCAGGCAGACGGCCAUGCACCCGCACCGUCUCAUCGACAGGGCGCCGGCGCCGACUCCAGCCUCCGAGGUCUUCCCGCCAAGCGAUGCCCUGGAGAAGCGAGGCAGCAACAACAACACUCUUGGGUUCAUGCCUGUGCCGAACUCAUUGGCUAUCACAUGCCCUGCAGAAUGGGGCUCGACCAUAUUCCCGUCGCGUGGGGUGGUCGGGUGCUGUCAGGAUAUCGCGAGCUCAACGCCGUCCUGUAUCGGAUAUACGACCUGCCUCGACUCGUCGCAGAAAACCUCGUACACAACCGAUAAUGGCUUCACUCGAUACUGUGGCUAUUCCCAAUUCCAGUACUGCUAUCUCUGGCGCUUCCCAAACGAACAAUACAGUCUCUGGAACUGCGACUCCACCCCCUCCGGCACCGGCACCCUUUAUCGCACACCCGGCCCGGUCACGGUGCGGGUAACGACGACGACUAGGGCCGGAGGAUCCAGCAUCACGUCGACACUAUCCUCCGACACGGCGGCCAACACAAACAAGCAGCCCGGCGUCGGUCCCCAGGGGCAGCAGCCGCAGCAGUCGCAGGCGCAGGAGCCUUUGAACAUCGGCGCCAUAGUGGGCGGGGCUGUCGGAGGGGUCGCGAUACUCGCCAUCCUCAUCUUUGCCAUCACCUUCCUCUUCUUCCGAAACCGCAAGCCCGACAGCGGCGCCGCCCCCACAACCACCGGCGGCGACGGCCCUGGAGUUGGCUCGCCAGGGCUGGUGGGAUCGCCCACUGGGCAUCAUCCGGAGGCUGGCGUGAACCACCAGUACGCCACGUACGGCGGCUACGCGCCCGUCAUGGCCCAGUCGCCGCAUGUGGCGGGCGACAAUCGCGUAAGCACGUUCAAGCCGCCGGCUGGAUUCAACACCAGCGCGCACGAGACUGGGGCCACCGGAAGCCCCCAGCCUCACUACCAGCACCACCCGCAGCAGUCGCCGCCGCCGCAAUACGCCGGCCAGACAUUUGAGUUGCCGAUCGAGCAAGACCGGCGUCCAUACGGGCUGCACGAGGCUGCUUGAGCUGGAGUGAUUCGUGUCCAUCGGAGAUGCUUCCCAGACAGUAUGGUAAUGGUAGUUUGUAUCUGAUACCGGGAGGGACGUUCACGCGCCCUAAAGGCACGUAACCGUCUCCCACCAGGUAGGGUUCUCGCCCACGGCCGCCACAGCGCCGUGCCAUAACACUUUACCGCCUUCCCUUGUCCGCAUGGGCUUUGGGGUUUUGUACCAGAUAUAUAAUGGAUGGCAGCGCAGCGUAUUCGCCUCUUGAGCUCUCCCGCAUUGGAUAUCGGACUGCUUGCAUGUAACGGCAGCCAGUAGAGGCUGAAGGCCCCCAAAUGAACGUAAUGUUGCCGCGCG